CCUGCAAUAUUUAAGUCUUCUCAACUACUGGUACCGGUACUUAUUACCAAUAUGGAACCCCAGUGCCUGCCUGCCAGCUACUAGACUAGUAUUUUUGGGCCCUUUGUCCAGGCUCCCAGAUUUAUCUGCUCUUGCAAUGGCUUUGCGGUUGCCCAGCAGCAUUCCGCUUUCAAGGAAAGGGCGAAGACUGAGCUCAUAAUUUUAGAAUCGCCUAACGAAACAUGAUGCAUCUGUUGACCUCCAUCCUUCUUUCCGGUCUCUUGGCCACGGCUGUGGCCAUUGACCAUCCAGCAGUUCUUCGUGGAGGCAGAAAUCUUCAAAUUGAUGGCGAAUCUGACAUUUGUGCUUGCAGUCCUUCUGCCUACACUUUCUUGCUAGAUUUCCAAAACCAAUGUGACGACAACACUGUAAGCAAUGGGGGAGGUGUGACGGAUACUGCUUGCAUUGUUAGCAAGGCAACAGAUGAGGAUGUUACAGACUUCGCACCUAACCUGAUCACAAGUAUUCAAAUCUUUGAACUGGAUGGCAGCUUCGGUGUGAUACAGCAGGUUCCCCUCUCCGGGGCCUUUCGGGAUGGUGACUCCUUCAUCUACACAUCCAUUUCAGCAUACCGAACAGAUGUAGCUCCCAGGGCUCUGCAAGCAAUUCUGAAUGGCGUCAAUGCCAUGGACCAACCAAUUCAGCUGACAUGGAUAGUCACAUUCUCAAGAGAUUGCAGCAACUUUCCUGUAUUGAACGAGGGCAACAUAUUGGGUUGGACGACACUUUCAACAUUGGUGGAGCCAAACGCUGCAAUCUGCCCAGCUGUGCCUACGGCGCCUCCCACAGGACAGCCCACUAGUACACCAACAAGCUCCCCUACUGCCAGACCCACUAGUACACCAACCAGUUCCCCCUCUGCCAGACCCACUAGUGCACCAACCAGUUCCCCUAGUGUCAUAUCGACAACCAGUGCCCCUAGUGUCAUAUCGACAACCAGUGCCCCUACGGACGGAUCGACAACCGGCUCCCCUACGGACGGAUCGACAGAUUCCGGGCCAACGUUCCCCACUGCAACUCCGACACCAAGCGGCUCGGGGGGUGCCGGUGGUAGCGGCGGUCUCCUUGACGAAUGCUUUUCUGCUGAAUCACUUGUGGAGACUCUCGACAAGGGCCUCAUUCCAAUGAAAGACCUUGAAAUAGGCGACAUGGUCAAGACGGAAGAGCACCAAAGUGGCGCGUCGUGCCGCUAUGACCCCGUCUAUGCGUUUGCUCACUAUGAACGCAAAUCCAAGGCUGAUUUCUUGCAAUUUUCCUUGGAGCAUAAGCAAAUGCUGGAGGUCACCUCCGAGCAUCUUGUUUAUCUAUACGGUUUAUCACAGCCCGUCCGAGCUGGAUCCGUUCGAGUUGGAGAUGUCCUGCAGGCAAACAACGAUGGUGCCGUAAGAGUCCGAAGGAUUCGCACCGUUUCUCGGGAGGGUCUUUAUGCUCCUCUAACUCAGAAUGGGAAGAUUUUCGUGAAUGGAGUUCAGGCGUCGAACUAUGUUGCACUUCAGUCACAGUCCAACCGAGAUCUGCAGCUUGCGGGUGACAUCAUGGCAAUUUCCCACCACGAUGUAGCCCACUUGGUCUUGUCUCCGUUUCGGCUGCAUUGUCGUUUUCAAGUUUGUCAUCCUCAAGAGGGGAUGCCCGUGUACAUUGUCUUUGUCACAAAACUUGCCCAUUACUUGGAUUCAUUGAAACUACCCUUCUUGGUCCAGGCACCCCUCCUCGGUCUUGUCCUGUUAUUGGGUGCUUGUUUCCUGUCGUUGGAAUACUUUUUGACCCUCAAGUUCUCCAUGAUUGUGCUUUGUUGCGGUUGCCUGUGUGUUGCAUUCACUUUUGGGCCUACAAUCUCAUCAUUGCUAUUGAAUGCGAAGAAAACUGUAAAAACGAACUGAACAUUACCCAUAACUAGAGAGCACAAUUGAGAAGGAAUCCCAAGAAUCUGAUGACGAGGAAUCCGGGAUGAAGGAACUGGGGUGCAAACCAACCCUGCGAGCAGUCGUGAGUAUACAGACCU